AUGGAAUGUCUACAAUGCAAGUCGACCGAAGUUCAUGCCCUAGUCCGCAAAGAUGUUGAUGUCUCCACGCUCAGGUCAAUUUCCUUCAAAGUCGGGGUGGAUCCUAAGCUGAAAGACAUUGCCCUUUCCCCGAAGACUUGGCCAUCGGGAAUUCUAUUCCCCUGUGACGUCGUUCAUGGCGACCCGCAGUUCUACACCUCGUGUGGCCCCGCAUCAGUGAUCGCCACUACAGAUGGUUCAUCAUAUAUGGACAACGGGUCUUCCAUAGCCUCGGCAUCACGCAACUGCACCAGACUCUCGAGUUUCUCGUCGUCCGAACAAAGUUCAUCAUGGGUUUCAGCUCCGGGACGCAACGUAGUUAGCACUAAGGAGACCUCCGAGCCCUUCGACUCAGUCGCGCUGAAUCCUGCCAUCGUCUUCAGUCGUCCCGGCCCUGAGCUCGAUUGUGGCGACGAGGUUCUCCAGCCUGCUUUCAUAGGCAAGUAUUCUUCAACUUUGGGAACUUUACCUGCGCGUGACCAGACCUCACCUUCCAACAGCCUCUGCAUCAACGCUGAUUUGUGCAAAUCAAUCGCUUCUGACGGGAUUCCAUCACCGGGACGCACCGAACAAGGCACUUCGGACACCCUUGAUGUGAAACGACACGAUCUGCCUGCUGGGAAAAGCGAUCAUCUCAACCUUUACUACCAAAACGUUGGUGGUAUCAACUCCUGCGUUAGCGAUUAUCUGCUAGCCUCAUCAUGCUCCUGCUACGAUAUUAUCGCUUUAACAGAAACCUGGCUGAACGAUAGAACCCUGUCUAGUCAAGUCUUCAGCUCUGACUACACUGUGUUCCGUUGUGACAGAGGUCCCAACAACAGCACGAAAUCCACAGGUGGUGGAGUUCUGAUUGCUAUCCGAUCCACUUUUUCAGCCAUCCCCAUCUACGACGAAUCAUGGAACGAUCAAGAAUUCGUAUGGACCCGUAUCGAUCUUGGCACGAAAAAACUCUACGUUGGGGUUGUGUAUCUGCCUCCUGAUCGUACUAGAAAUGCAUCUUUUGCUGAUUCCUUUUCCAGCGGCCUUUCUAAAUUGUGUUCUCUCACGCUUCCUGAAGACGACAUCGUUAUCAUCGGGGACUUUAACCUACCAGGACUUAAGUGGAUUCCCUCGCAAGGCAAUUUUUUGUUUGCCGAUCCAACCAGAUCUUCGUUUACGGUGCCUUCCAACACGAUUCUCGACUCUCUAAGCACGGCAACUCUCCGCGAGAUCAACAGCAUAGAGAAUGAAAAUGGUCGCAUGCUCGAUCUCUGCUUCAUCAGCGACGGACCCCAAUUGGCUACGAUUGAAGAGGCUCCUACGCCCUUGGUCAAGGUUGUUCCUCAUCACCCUGCUCUGCUGCUUUCACUUGAUAUUCCUAGAGCUUUUGCCCACAUCGAAAAACCUGGUCAAUUCUUUCUCGACUUUAAGAACGCUGAUUUCGUCGCUGUUUCACAAACGCUCGAUGCUAUCGACUGGGAAUCUGAACUGGAAUCUUCCGAUCCGAACGCUGCAGCUAUGAAAUUUUCCCAUAUAAUCAAUUACAUCAUCGAUCGUCACGUACCGAAACGCUCAUCAGUUUCUAACCGACGAGCUCCUUGGGUAACGAAAGAACUGCGACAAAUAAAAACGCUCAAGAAUAAAGCUCUCCGUUAUUACAGUAGGCACAAAACUCUCCGCGCUAAAAAUGAGUAUUGCAAACUCAACUCAGCUUACAAAAAACUAUGCUCACGCUGCUACCAGAGCUACUUAAUUCGGAUACAGCGAGGUUUCAAAACAAAACCCAAAUCAUUUUGGCAGUACAUCAAGGACCAGCGGAAAGAAUCCGGCCUACCGCCCUCCAUGUUUCUGGAUGAUAAUUUAGCGACUUCGGAACCUGAAAUCUGUGACCUCUUCGCUGACAAAUUCCGUAGUGUAUUUGACUCAAACUCAAUAUUCUCGGACCAAGUUACCAGCGCGGCUUGUAACGUCCCUCAUUUGAACACAUGGCUGAAUCAAAUUGUUGUAGACGACGAUAUUAUUUUGAAAGCGACCGCUAAGCUGAAACACAGCCUUUCCGCAGGACCAGAUGGCAUACCAGCUACCUUCUUGAAGCGAUAUAUAUCACAUAUGCUGAUACCUCUAAAAAUAAUCUUCCAAGUUUCACUCGAUCAGUCUACGUUCCCAUCCUUAUGGAAAGAGGCCUAUAUGUUUCCGGUGCACAAAAAAGGGGACAGACGAAAUGUGAACAACUAUCGUGGCAUUUCUGCCUUAUGUGCGAUAGCCAAAUUGUUCGAGCUGGUUGUUUUGGAACCUAUUUUUUCGUACUGCAAGCCUUAUUUCUCAAAUGAACAACAUGGAUUUAUGCCCAAGCGCUCUACGACUACAAACCUGUUGACAUUCACGUCUACUGUGCAAGACAGUUUUGCCAUGGGAUCUCAAACCGACGUCAUCUACACUGAUCUGUCAGCUGCUUUCGACAAGGUGAACCAUUCCAUAGCCAUCGCCAAACUCGAUCGUAUUGGUAUCUGCGGGUCUCUACUGGAAUGGUUCCGCAGCUACCUGCCACAAUGCAAUGGUGACAUUAGCCGGGAGGGCAGCAUCGUCGAGUGA